AUGGACUCGAUGCGGCAUCUUUCCACAUCUCUACCGAGCACGAGAAGGCGACAGGACCAGCCCGAGCUUCUCGGCGAUUUUCGAGCCGCCGCGCUUUCUGUAACUAAUCUUUACAAGAGCGCCGCCGCCUCCCAGGACAGAGCGAGAGCGGCGGGAUAUCAAGAUGCCCUGGAUGAUCUUUUGGCCUUUUUGGACCGGGGGAAUCUGGGCUUGAUGGAUGGCGAGGGAUGGCGAGUUCGACAAUGGGCGACUGAGAGACUCGAUGACGGCGCGCAGAAGCCGGCCGCGAGCGAUGACGAGGAGGAACCCGUGCAAGAGGAGCAGAAGAAGGCCGCAGCAGUGCCGGCACCUUCCAGCGAACCCACCGAUGCCGCCGUGCCCCCACGACGCAUCGCUGUAUCCGAACCUCCACAAGCACCUCUCCAAGCUCAAACACCUCCGCCUCCGCCCCACGCAAACCCAUACGCAUCAGUGCCAUCGAUAGACGACUUUACCUUCCGCUCAUCCCACGCAUAUCCCACCAACCACGACAGAGGGCAGAUCCAGCAGCAGAGUAUGGACCUCGACGCUACCACGCCCACCACUAGCACCCCACCCAGUACCGAGAGCGUGCGCAUAAUAUCGCGACCCGCUAGAGGCAGACACUCCAAUCACCAGAGACAACGCUUAAACGGAGCCUCGGCUGUUAGUCUUAACCUUGCCGGCGCGGCAGGCAGCAAGCGCAAAUGGCCUUACCAGGACUUCUUCGACAUCUCCGGCUUGAAUGGAUUGGAUGGGAAAGACGGCAAGGAAGGUGGAGAUCUCCACGGCAAGGUCGCUCUGGUCACCGGUGCCUCACGAGGUAUCGGGCGCGCCACCGCCUUGAAUCUCGCCAGUCGCGGCUGCUCCAUCCUCGGCACCUGCUCCAACGCUCAAUCUCUACAUCUCAUCGACACGCUGUCCCACCACAUCUCUGAGCUCUACAGCGGAAGCAUAGGCCUUACAUCACCCGUGGUCUUAGGCAUCGAAGCUAACAUCCUCGAAUCCACGACUACGCCGGCAAAGAUCGUUGAUGCCCUGGACCGCCAUUUCAACGGCCACUUGGAUAUCUUCAUCAAUAAUGCUGCUGCAGCGGACGCCCAGAAAAUCGGCGAGUUGACGGACGGCCAUAUACGGGAUAGUUUGACUGGCAACAUUGAGUUCCCCGUCAGGAUGGUGGAGGAGCUGGUGAAGAGGAAGUCUUUCCGGCCAAACUCACGCAUCAUCUACAUCUCAUCGGUCAGAGCGAGGAAGGCGUGGGCAGAUCAGUCGAUGUACAUGGCCACAAAAGCAGCAGGCGAAGCUCUCUGCCGCUCGUGGGCCGAUGCGUUCGGCGGAAAACACCCACAAUACGCUUUCAUGGCCGGCACAACGGCCAAUGCCCUCAUGGUGGGCUUGACGAAAACCAAUGCAGUCUACGACAUGCCGGCAGAGGUGGUGAAGGUGUUUGAAGACGAGUUCCUGCCGGGCCAGAGCAUACCACGCGUAGGCCUGCCGGAGGAUGUGGCGGACGUGGUGGGCUUGCUUUGCAGGGAAGAGGCACGGUGGAUCUCGGGCAGCGUGGUCGCUGCUGAUGGUGGUGGGAUUAAGAUCUUGUAG